AAAAAUCUAGUAAACUGGGCCCACAGAGAAGAUGUUUCGCGAGAAAAAUACGUAACCUAAUAAUGCUUCUAGUUUCUUCUUCUUCUUCCAUUAAUAUUUCAAUAAUCUCUCUUUCUUCUAUAAUUCUUCUAUUUAUUCUCUUCUGUACCUCCUUGCGAACCUUCUAGAACUAUCACGAUAAAAAAUAAUAAUUCACUCUCUCGUGCUAGAUUCUCCUCUAUGGCUUCAUCGGUGGAACACAAUGGCGACUCCUCAACCGGCGAGUCUCAAAGAUCAACUCCGACACCGUUUAUCACCAAGACGUACCAGAUCGUUAAUGAUUGCACCAUCGACGACGUCGUUUCAUGGAAUGAUAGUGGAACAUCGUUCGUCGUUUGGAACCCUACCGUUUUCGCCAGAGAUUUGCUUCCUAAAUAUUUCAAGCACAAUAAUUUCUCCAGCUUCGUUCGUCAACUCAAUACUUAUGGAUUUAAAAAAGUUGUGCCUGAUCGGUGGGAAUUCUGCAAUGAAUUCUUUCGAAGAGGUGAGAAACGGCUUCUAUGUGAUAUUCAGCGACGGAAAAUCGUUUCAAAAUCGCCGUCGGUGGCUACCAGUUCCGGUGUAACUGCGUCUGCCACAGCAGCGGUUUUAAUUCCGACUGCAAAGCCGAUCGUUUCGCCGUCAAUUUCGGGAGAGGAGCAGGUGGUAUCUUCGGAUAAUUCGUCGCCAUUUGAGCAGGCGGCACUGUUAGAAGAGAACGAGAGGCUUAGAAAUGAGAACAUGCAGUUAAGGACGGAAAUAGAGGACAUGAAAUCCCUCUUCAAUAAUAUAUUCAAUCUUAUGUCUAAUUAUGCCAAAUUUCAAGUGGAAAGCGGUGCACAAGGAAAAGAGUGUUGCUCCACCCCAACGAAAACGCUUCAUCCAUUGCCGGAGAAGCGGUGCGAUGGCGAAGAUGCGGCGGAGAUGGUGGUGGAUGAUAAUUAUCCGAAGCUGUUUGGGGUGGCGAUAGGUAGGAAGCGAACGAGAGAAGAAGAGAAGUGUGUUGAUGAUAAUACAGUGUUUAGCCUGAAUCAAUCAGUUCACAUGGACGAGAGAAUUCGGAGUCGUUUGAUUUGCCGAAAUGUGUAAAGAGAAAACAAUGUGCUAAAUCAGAGUGUGUACAGGAUAGGGAGCACGUUAGGCUACGUUAGGAGCGGCGUAGACAAUCUGAGUCCUUAAACACGGAAACGCAAGUUUCUGAUGUUGUAAGCGUUUGGGACAGUUACAUUUUUCGCAAUAAAAUAAAAGUUUUUCUUUCUUUUUCA